AUGUCCAACAACAGCACAACAGCAGCAGAUCGCGCCACAAGGGAUUACACGUGCGUGCGCGUCUAUGUGUCUGCGCUGUCCUUUUCUAUUCUGCUCUUCUUCAACGUCAUCAUCAAUUGGAGCAUCGUGCGCGCGGAGCGGCUGCGGACACAUGCGCGCUUCGUCCUGCUGUUCCACCUGCUGCUGUCAGCGCUGCUGUAUCUCGGGACAAGUUGUGUUUUCUACCUGCAGAUGCACGUGAACGCGCAGCCGCGCCGCUCUGUGUGCGUGUUCAUGGUCACUGUUCUCAUCAGUAGCGCGUCCAACAUCCUGCUGACGCUCACGGCAAUGGCGCUUGACCGCUACUGCGCCGUGUGCCACCCCCUGCGCUACGCGAGUGCGCGCUCCUGUGCUCCGUGGCCGUGGCUCUGUGGUGCGUGCACUUGGGCCAUAGCGCUUGGGAUUCCUCUCAGUUUGUUGCAGACAGAGGCACACUCUGUCAGCCACAGUGCGGACUGUGACCGGACGCAGCUGCGUAAAGGUGAACUGCACAAGGUGGUCCUCUUGUCCGCGUGCACGCUGCUGAUCCUCUUCAGCUACGCGCGCGUCCUGGUGGAGACCCGGCGCCUGGGAGUCUUAAACCGGCGCAACAGGACCGCCUGUAGGACUAUAGCCCUGCAUGGCUCACAACUGGCCGUGUACAUCCUCCCAAACUUUGUUAGUUUUAUUCUAACCGUGCUCCACAAAAAAAGGACGAUCGGAGCAGAUGCUAAGGAGCUGUCUGCUGUCAUCGUAUUCACCUUUUUUAGUUUGGCCCAAUGCAUUGCGCCUGUGGUGUAUGGUCUGCACAAAGAGGAGCUCAUGGAUGAACUGGCCAACAGGUACCCUUGCUGUGUGAGAUAUCCGAAGAGAGUUAUAGGAUGGACUGUGGUGGGUAGGACCCCAACCCAGCACGGAGCAAGGCAGCGAACACUGACAGCUCAGACCAUUGUCUCGUUAGAGACCCCAGAGCCAGAAGUUUUCCAAUUGGAGGGUCAGGACCUAAUGAGACCAAUACUAUCCAUGAACUUGCCAAUGAGUCUGGAUCUUGCGACAGACACUGGAGACAAAAACAUCUUCAGUCUGGCAGGUUCAGAAGUUCUUGACAAUUGUUGA